AUGCGAGGUCCCGGUAGCCCACCACGUCGAAAGUUGAAAGAGAGUUGCAGCCAGUGUGCCUAUGUGAAAGUCAAAUGCAGUAAGGAAAAACCGACGUGUGUCCGCUGUCAAAGCCGUGGUCUCCGCUGCAACUAUGAACUCUCCCACCGAGCGGGUCGGCGCCCAGCCUCAGCGCGAAUCUUGUCCGCCGAUCGGGUCGGGACCCCCAGGCCCAGCCCGCCCAGCCCGCCCCGCCCCGCCCGUUCCUCCUCUCCAACCUCGAUAACUGCCGCAAGCACGAAGCCGGACGAUGGGACUACCACCGAAGGCUCGGCCUCGCUGCCCAGUCCCCUCGUGGACCAGAUCUGCGGGCUUCCUUUGCCACCCGUCCAUGGACUGUCUGGGACCGGGUUAUCGCCGGGCAUAGAUCUCUCCCCAUUCCUCCUCGGGUCGCUACAUUCCCCUUUCAAUAGCCCUGCGAGUGAGAUGAAAGCACCGAUGGGAGGCACAACUGGCGAUAUCGCAGACACGCUGCCCUCGUCUCUGGACUUUGACGCCUACCAAUUAUGGCCUUCAAUAGGUGACCUGCCGAUGCAGGCCCAGCUCGACUGCCUAGCGCCAUCCUCAUCCUCAUCAUCUAUUAGUAACCUCUGCCACGGAACGCUGAUAGGGCAGAGUAGCUGCUCACGGAAAAUGCUGACCGAGCUCGCCGGGGCCCAGAAUGCCAGCAAUCCAUUUAUCCCCUGGGCAGAUUCACCAGGGUCCACCGGAGUCAACGACGCCAUAGCCUUGAAUCGUUACAUUCUACAAGUGGCGACCUCCGUAUUGGAAUGUUCCUGCCUCCAGAGCAACCAUCAACUCCGCUAUCUACUCGUCUUUACUGCGAUGGAUGUUUUAGCUCGGCAUGCCGCUGUGGCCGCGUCAGGUCCCGCAGAUGGCGAGGACCGCGUAGCCCAUGCAAGCCUGGUUUUUGGCGAGCUUCAUCGCGUCCUUCAGUUCAUCGAUCUUCUUUUCCAACGAUGCCGGCAACAACCUUCAUUUUCUUCCGCGCGUACAAGCCCACGCCGCUCACCGGACCCUUUUCAACACCUGGACUUCGCGGAGAUGCAGAACCCAACUGACCCUGGGAUGGUGACUCGCGGCCCUCAGUCCGCCCCGGACUCACCACACAAUAUCGACUAUGAAGUAGACGAGGAUCACUUCCCGACCGAGGCGGAUGACAGCUUGUUCGAUCUCGCUUUUCUGCCGCUGGAGACUGAACUCCGACGACAGUUUGAACAGGUCCGAGAUGAAAUCAAAUCGAUUCUUCGCAAUGUAUGA